AGCGUCCUAUGUAAAGAAACAUUAUGAGCAAAUUAUAAUGAUAAGCAAUUACCAAGAAAAAAUAAAAUCCCCGAAAUUUUUGAUGCAGAUAAUUGAAAUUAGAUAAUUCAAGCAAAAAGUUUCCUUUACCACUUCAUAAUUACGGUAACCGUUGCCACGUCCUGUUCACGUUUCUAGUGUAGUUUCGAAAGAAUUCUUCUGGCAUCCAAUAAGGUGAAGUUAGACUUCAAAAUUAUUUGCUGAAAUCAAUUUUUAAAUGCUGUUUUUUCAUAUUAGAAUUUUGAAAAUGAGCCUAUCAAACAAAUAUUUUGAGGAGUUCAAAGCAACGGAUGAUUAUAAAAAAUGUUAUUCUGUUGUGCAUUUCAACGUUCUACGAGGAAGAAAUGGACAAGCUUCAGAAGUCCAGGCUGAUCCACUUCAAUUCAAUGAAAAUUUUACUGUCGCCACAACCAAUGAACAAAUCAUUAACGUUAUAUACUUUGCGUGUAAAGGAGUAACACCAGAAUCAAGGUUUUUAGUUGAUGGAGAUGUUUCGUUAGUGAGUGGAGAAGAACGAAAAUUGUUUGAGAAUGUAGUGGGAAAGUUAACCGUCAAGAAAAUAUUGAUAAUUCCAUUACUUUUUGGUAUCAGAGAAAGUAAUGGGAGCUGGAAGGGUUACAACACGGUAUUAAUUAAAAGCAAAGACACAGAAGGUGGCGAUAAUAUAUACAUCGACCUGACGGGGUCCGUGUAUCGAAGUUUCCAGCAAUUUCUUGACAACAAUCGUUUUCCGAUCUCGCUGCUGUGCUAUCCUUCCAAAGGUGUUUUGAAGAUUGAUUCCGAUGGAAACGUUGAGUUGCAAUACAAACUCGUGGGAGUAACAAACGCUAUAUUCUCUGUAGCAGAUGCCGCAAUGGCCACCGUUGGAUUCUUUUACCCAAACAUGGCAACUUCAACUUAUUUCGCGAUUCGUGGUAUCCAUCAACUGUGUGACGCUCAUCAACAUGGAAGAUCCAUCAAUCCAGCAAAUGACUAUGAAGCAAUGGUAAACUGGAUCCAAAUAAUCAGCAACGUCGUUUACAUUGGGUCAGUAGGUUUGCAAUGUUCUAAUCUUCUUGGAGCUACCCUUCCCUACGCCAAUGCCCAGGCGUACACGAAUGUUAUCGCGACUACCGCCAAAACACUCCUCAAACCGAUCGAAUGGAACACACUGACUCCGGGCGAACAGGUUUCAUGCUGUGCGGCGUUGUGUUUCGCAUACCAUGAAGUAUUUUCACUAGAUAACUUUAACCGUUUGGUUGAGAAAGUGCGACUUGAUGCGCUAUGCGAAACUUUUGCAAACUUCACUAAAAGUGAUUUUAACAAAGCGCUUUUCCUGCAAAUGCUGAACAGCAACUCUGCACAUGUGCUAAGUUUGCUUAACUUAGCUAGUGAUUGGAUAAAGAACAAAGUGGAAGUUACAUUGACAUCUGAUUUGAUGACAAUCACAAUUUUGGGCUACCCAAUUCCACUUGUGAAUAUUUUAAAACUAGAUGAAUCUGACCUAUCUCGUAUGAUGGAGAUCUUAAGAGGAAUUGGAGAAGUCGCUUUUGAAGAUUUUUUAGCAAUGGUGCGAGCGUAUGGUAUCAUAGCAGUGAUUCGCUUGAUGCACCAGCGUAGCACAGAACUUGGAGGAAAUUUCUUGCUGGCAUACAAUCAAACGCUGGCCGUCACGAACGCAUUUCGACAAGUCCGACCUGACGCAAUUGCUGAUAUCGAUGUCGUCAAUUGCGAACUAAUUUUGAGAACUGGCCAGCGUUACACGAUUAACAGUGCAAUUGAAAAAUUUGGAGAUGAUCCUGGCUCUAGAUCAGCGCUUCAGGGCUUGGUUGUGUAGCGACACUGUAGUGUGUCAUAAUAUAUUUUUU